UGAGAUCCAAUGCUUCUGAUGCAGGCGAAGAGUGUGCAAGUGUAAGCAAGAAGUGAGUGAGGAAAGCAGCUCUUUAGCCGCUGUCGAAAUGGGCAUGAGGAUCAAGCUGCACAGCACGGACCACCCCAAUAACCUGCUGAAGGAACUCAACAAAUGGAGGUUGUCGGAAACUAUGUGUGAUGUGACCAUUGUUGUGGGUAGCCGCUCCUUCCCUGCACACAAAGCAGUGCUGGCAUGUGCAGCAGGCUAUUUCCAGAACCUUUUCCUCAAUGCAGGACUGGACGUGGCUCGCACCUACGUGGUGGAUUUCAUCACUCCAGCCAACUUUGAAAAGAUUCUGAGCUUUGUCUAUACCUCAGAGCUCUUCACAGAUCUGAUCAACGUGGGCGUUAUUUAUGAGGUGGCUGAAAAACUGGGUAUGGAUGGACUAUUGAAGGCCUGCCAUUCCACCUUCCCAGACCUGGAAAACUCAGCCGCAACUAAACAGCCCUCUGUCACAGGUGAAAGACGAUCAAGUAGUGCAUUGACUGAUUCAAACCAUGCUCUGGGUGAAAUCCGAAACAGUGGAGAGCAUCUGGGAAUAGAGCGAAAUAACAGUCUGCAUGGUGAAGCAGCAGGUGGCCAAAAAGAAGAGGUUGCAAAUGAUGCGAGUCAUAACAUACUGCAUCCACAGACUCCCAAAACUGAAGAACAAGAAACGCCAGCACAAUUCAGUGGUGCCAUGAGUAUUAUGACACAGGCUAGUCUGAGCAGCACCAACAUGGCUGUUCAAACAACUGUCAACUCUUGCCAGCAAUACAAAGUCCACAGCAACGGGGACUACGGCAAAGGCAACUAUUUCUCCUCAGAUGUUUCUCUGGAUGUUUCCACAGGCAGCAAUUCCUGCCCUAGCAAUAGUGACCACUCCAAAGACCAGGGUUUUGGACAAAUGGAUGAGCUCCAAUUGGAAGACUUAGGGGAAGAGGAAUUGCAUUUUGAAGACCCCAGUGAGGAGCUAGGGGCAGCAGAGGAGGUAAUUGAACUGAGCGAUGAUAGUGAGGAAGAGCUCUCUUUUGAGAAUGACAACCGGGAUAACAAGGCCAUGCCUUGUCAAGUGUGCAAGAAAGUCUUAGAGCCCAACAUCCAGCUGAUUCGCCAGCAUGCUAGGGAACAUGUCGACCUUCUGACUGGCAACUGCAAAGUGUGUGAGACCCAUUUCCAAGACAGGAACUCUAGAGUCACCCAUGUCCUGUCCCACAUUGGGAUAUUCCUCUUCUCCUGUGAUAUGUGCGAAACCAAGUUUUUCACCCAAUGGCAGCUCAGUCUCCACCGCCGAGAAGGGGUGUUUGAUAGCAAUGUUAUCAUUCAUCCCAGUGACCCACUGAUAGGGAAGGUCAACUUGUUCAGUGGGGAUUUGGCAUGUGCUGUCUGUGGGAAACUGCUGGCCAAAGAUUUUCAUGUGGUUCGGGGUCACAUCUUGGACCAUGUGAACUUGAAAGGCCAAACAUGUGGUGUGUGUGACCAGCGGCACCUCAAUCUCUGUAGCCUGAUGUGGCACACGCUCUCUCACUUGGGAAUCUCUGUUUUUUCUUGUUCUGUUUGUGCCAACAGUUUUGUCGACAGGCUCCUUCUGGAGAAGCACAUGGCAGUCCACCAAAGCAUGGAGGAAGCCCUCUUCCGGUGUCAUUAUUGUGGCCAGGCCUUCAAGCUGGAAGCUGCUUACCGCUACCAUGUCAGCCAGCACAAGUGUAGCUCCAGCUUGGACCUUGUCCGGCCUAGCUUUGGUGACCGAAUGCACCAGCAACCUCUGCAGAAGAGGAAACUGCCAGAGGAGUUCUUAAGUGAGGACAUGACUCUUCAGAAUCAGCCGGGGAACAGUAAAUACAGCUGCAAGGUGUGUGGGAAGAGGUUUGCUCACACCAGUGAAUUCAACUACCACCGGCGGAUCCACACUGGGGAGAAGCCCUAUCAGUGCAAAGUGUGCCAUAAGUUCUUCCGUGGUCGUUCCACCAUCAAGUGCCACUUGAAGACACACUCUGGGGCUCUCAUGUAUCGGUGCACAGUUUGUGGUCACUACAGCUCUACUCUUAACCUCAUGAGCAAGCAUAUAGGUGUCCACAAAGGCAGCCUUCCCCCUGACUUCACCAUUGAGCAAACAUUCAUGUACAUUAUCCAUUCCAAAGAUGCAGAGAAAAACGCAGACAGCUGAUAACAGCAGGUAUUAGGAAAAUAAGCACUACUGCUCAUAGUAGUGAAAUGUGCUUCGGGUUUUUUAAAAUAUAAAAAUAACAUUACUUUUAAUGGUCAGGCAUCAUCAGCAUUGUCCUUAAUUUCCUUUGCCUUGUUAGAGGGUUUCUGAAUCACUGUCCUGUGAAAGCAACAGCACAUUAGAUGUGUUAUUGUCCUAAGAAACCUGUCAUGUUUACCUCCUGCUGGGUCCAAUGGUUGUUGUCGUUUUAAGUCUAAAUAACAGACUAGUUUUUUUCCCUCUUCGUUGCAUAGGAUUUACCCCUCACGACUUUUCCCUCCUCCACCAUUGCCGUUUCCAAGCUGAGAUCAUUAAAAGAUUUAUGCUGCUAAGAUAUAUUGAUGCUCCACAUCAGUGGGGAUAACAAGAAAGAAAGUGGAAGCAAAAACAUUUUUUCUGCCUGGUUAUUUAGAGGAUAAAAAGUUGGAAUAGCUCACAGUGCAGUCCUGAGCAUAUUUACUUGUUGCUUCCUUCUAGUAAGAUGUUUUUUGGCUGGCUUCUUGUCAGGUAAUUUUUUAAUAUUUUUUAAUGCUUGCUCUUCCAGAUAUUUCAAACUUUAGCACCCAGAAGUCUCAGCCACUAUGAUAGAUGAUCAGGGAUUCUGGGAACUGAAACUUCAAACAACUGGAGGCCCAGAGCCUGAGAACCAUUGCUCUAGGGAAGACUGACAUUGAAUGCACAAGGGAAGGCUAGGCUUGUGUGUGGCAAUGUGUUAAUCCUUUCUCGCACUGUGUCAUAUUUAGCCUUUUGCCCUUUAUCAGAAAAUCAGAAAUUGGUUUCAUAAAGGACAACAAAUAAAAAGGUCUUGGCAGGUGUAUGGUACAAUAGAGCAGAGUUUUUCCAAAUACAAACUUUUUGGAUAAAGCUUUGGCCGGAGUAUCCUGAGAAAGAAUGAUUGGCUAUUAGCAAAAAAGGAAACACCCCUGGGCAUUAAAAAAUGCACUGAAUUUCUUUGUUGACUCACACUGUAGUAUCUAAAUUCUUGCUUGGGAUUCUGCCAGUCACAUGUCCAGAAAAAUACUGGUGUCCAGUGGUUCAUACCUAAGGCUUCUGAUUACUAUAGCUAUGUUGGCAGGACUAAGAAUCCUCUUUAUGGGCUGCGAUUCUGUACACGUUUACAUGAUAGUUCGUUAUGAAUUCCGUGGGAUUGAGUUCUCAAAACAGAUGGCCCUUGUGAUCACUGUCAACUCUAUGUUUCUGUGACAUGGAGAGGAGUGCAUAGUUGUUCUUGAAAAUAUUUCAUUGCCUUAAAGAAAUAUCUCUAGAAGGAGGAAGAAAAGAAGUAGGGUCUUUCCAGGUGACUUGAAGGGCAGAAUAAAUCCUCUUAUGCAUUAGUUUGGUGGGACCAACAUAUUUUCUCAAAGUAGCACUUUGGAGCAGUGGAAUCAGUUUGAAUGUUCCCUGCCUCAUGCAGUACAAUUAUAUCCCUGUCUCCAGGACGGAGCUGUGAAAAAUAUGGCACCCUCAGAUGCCUACUUCUACAGGUCUGCAGCAAAAUCUGCAAUGGAUGGCACUAAUUGGCUAAUGCCUAUUACACCAAGUUGCAUGAUACCUCAGUCUUUGGAGCAGCUUGCAGCAUUCCAUUUCUUAGGAUGAAGCAUGGAGAUUAACAUAAAUAAAACAAUGGAUGUGGUGCUUAAUUUGAUAAAAAAGAAAGAAUUUGGUUUACCUGAAGCAAGAGGAAAAAGGAAAGGAAGUAAUUUAAGGGUGGGAAAAUUGCAUCUCAUAGAUAGCAUCUGAUCUCAGAUUUAUUUUUGUGGUCCCAGGAUCCUGAACUCUUAACAUAGAAUUACCUUCCAAAUGCCCUUAUCAGGUGUGUGAUGAAGACAGUUUCUCCAGUUUUUGGUCAGAAUGGUGCAGUUUGAGUCUUUCGUCAACAUAAGUAGCUUGAAAACCAACUUUCGGCCCUCUUUUAGACCAGUGGUUCCCAACCUGUGGUCUGUGGACCACCAGUGGUCCGCAAUAACUAAAAUAUGGUCUGCGGCCUCACUGUUACUACAUCGUUGUAAUGAGAGUGACUGGUCUCGCAAAGCUCUUAUAGUGCCGAGACUUAUUAAAUAUGGUUUUCUGUGGGCAAGCAGAUGGUGACUACUGGAUAGCAUAUGUUCUGUAUCAGAAACUAGAUCUGAUGUGGUCUAUCCAAUACAAUUUUCUGAAUCAGCACCCUAAAAAACCAAACUGAAUUUAAAGUUGACCAAGAACUGAUUUGUAACCCUUUUGGUAGUAAUGUUGGAGAGUCAUCUCUGAUCAAGUAGUCCCUGGUCAAAAAAAAGUUGGGAACCACUGUUUUAGGCCUAAAAUGGUCCAUGAUGGCUGAAAAUGUAAUGGAAAUUGUCCUAUCCCCUAAAUGGGUGUUAGGCAUUUGGGGGUAAAAUAUUUUUGCAGGGGCACACCCUUCCAAGACAUCCCUGGAGAAAUCAAUAUAGCCUGCUAUCUUCCAGCAGUUAUCCACUAGUGGGCUUAUCCAUGAUUUACCUGGAUAGGAUGUCUGUCUGUUGUGCUUACUGCUAGGAUUGAGAACCCACUGUGUCUUGCUCUUCAGUAAUAGUGGUUCCUUCUUUCCUUCUUCAGUGCCUAUGGUAUCACAAGUGCUGAGAAACAUUACCUCUCCCUACUUCUGCUGUAGAACUGUUCAGUAAAGUUCUUGUUAUAAUGUUCCUAAAAGUUUUCAGAAGUCAAGCACUUCCCUGCUGGAAUGCUGUUUCAGUCCUGUAGUGGGAAACACUAACAAAAUUACCUCUUUCCCCUUCUCUGAAGGGCAACAUGCUGCUUUUUUCUCUUUUAGUAUUUGAUGGUUACACUCCCCUGAACCCCCUACAGCCCACACAUCUCUAUCCUUUCUCUUUUCUUUUUAAAAUGAAGAACCAAUGGGUGUUCUGGCUUGACACCAGUUUUCAGAAGGGAAGGAACUGGGUUUGCCAUGAAGAGAUUUUGUCUCCAGAGCAGUGAAAACUCAGCAUAUGUGUAGCUAACAAUAAAUAGAACCUAGUGACUUGAUACUGUAGGAUACCCUCCCCCCCCCCAUCCCUCCAAUUGGAAGGACUGAACAGAAGGAGAUCACAGGCUACAGGCAUUGGCCUUGUCUAGCGGAUUGUUCUUCGUGUUGCAAACAGGUUUUUCCCCCCAAGUGCAGUUCUGUGGGAAAUCCAUGCAGGAGGGAUGGAUGUGUGAGAUGAAUGUUGAUAUAUGUAGCAGCUGACUUGAGCUCCGCUCUUUGGAUUAAUGUAAACUACCUCAAAGGGAGGAUGUUCUGGAGUCUUAAAAGUUACUGCUGUGUACUACUAAGUUCUCAGACUUCCAUAAAUAAAAACACUGGUGACUGGUAUUACAGGAAAGGGGAAAUCCAUGAAAGCUUGCUCUAGGUCAGUGGUCCUCAAUCUGUGGGUUCCCAGGUGUUUUGGCCUUCAACUCCCAAAAAUCCUAAUAGCUGGUAAACUGGCUGGGAUUUCUGGGCCAAAACACCUUGAGAACCAUUGAUCUAGGUCUUAACUAGAGAAUGAAAAUGUUGUAGGGGUCCCUGACUCAUCUCUGACUCUGGUUCCAGUAGGGUGACCUUGGGCAGGUUGGUUUUGCUUCUGCUGACAGUACCUACCUCUAAGGAUGUUGUGAAGAUUAUCUAUUUUGAUGUGUGUCAGUAAGGGUUGGGGAGGGGGGGAGCACUUAUUUAUGUCUCAUUUUCAUAUCCAAGGCUUUUAAGAUAGUUUUAUUCUGCAGAAGAUAUUUAGGCACAUGUCUUCGCCCUUUUCUUUUCUGUGGCCUCAGGUUGGCAAACACCAAAAAAGACAAAGAAAAGAGGAUAAAAUAAAACCUUUAGCUAAACUGUGUCAGACAGUGCUAUUUCCAGGAAUAAUUGGCAAAGUUGUUGGUGAGGAUUAAGGAGCUGCCUCAGGAUUUAACUGCUACAGGUUGAAUCUUUCUUAACCAAAAUGUUUGCAGCCAGAAGUAUUGCAGAUUUUAUUUCUAGUUUUUCAAAUACCCGUAUUUCCAAAGAUACAUAAUUUAAUAUCUUGUAGUUGGUUCCCAAGACUAAAUAUGAAAUAAUUUAUAUUUCAUAUCCACUGCAUACACACAACCUGAAAUUAACUGUAUACAGUAUUUUUAAAAACUGUAUGCAGGAAACAAGGUUUGUGGGCAAGCAACCAUCAACCAUCCAUGUAGACAGUUUUGGAUUUUGGAGUAUUUUAAACUUAAGAAUUCUGGAUAAGUGUUACUCAACCUGUACUAAGUUUUGUUACUUUUAGAAAAUUAAUAGUUGGGCUAAGGCUAUGCAGAUACAGACUUGGGAUUGUUUGAACCUAAAGUAUAGCAAACUUUGUUGCUGACCAAGAACAGAAGGUUAGUCCCCUUGUUAUGCAAAGUCUGAUUAUUCAAGGAAUUUCACACUACCUCUCUCCUGGAGGGGAUGCUAUUAAAAGGCAAAGGUAAAGACAAAGGUUUUCCCCUGACAUUAAGUCCAGUCGUGUCUGACUCUGGGGGUUGGUGCUCAUCCCCAUUUCUAAGCCAAAGAGCCAACAUUGUCCGUGGACACCUCCAGGGUCAUGUGGCUGGCAUGACUGCAUGGAGCACCGUUACCUUCCUACUGUAGUAGUACCUAUUGAUCUACCUAUAUUUGCAUGUUUUUGAACUUCUAGGUUGGCAGAAGCUGGGGCUAACAGCGGGAGCUUGCUCCGCUCCCCGGAUUUGAACCUGUGACCUUUCAGUCAACAAGUUCAGCAGCUCAGCACCACUGGGAAGAGGGCUCCUAUAAGUAGAUAUUCCUUCAAAGCUCAGCAGACUAGGUCCAGUUUCGGUCUCUGCAAUUUGUCAUCCAAAGCACUAAUUAUUAAUGUAUUUCCAGCAUUGUGUAAUGUGCAGAGCUUACCUAAGUAGGAUGCAGCCACCAUUGGGAAUAAAGAAAAAGAAAAUUUACAUCUUGUCUAGGAAAAAUCCCUGUCUCAUGUUCAAGUCAAAGCAGGGCCAUAGAGCUCCUUUUCUCUCAUUUUUCAGUGCCAAAUCUGUCUAGUAAUUCACAAGGCAAAAAGUGUCAGCUCCAGAAAAUUCUGUUUUGAGAGUGUUUGGCAAAAAUGAAGUUUUGAAUCCUGAGGCUGUGGUUAGGGCAUUUGGAACACAGAAAACUAGAGCAUGGUGUCUGAUUCUGAACAUCUGUCUUGAGUGUAGCUUUGGAUGAGUGAAAUUGCCUGCCUGCACUUACACACUCCAACUUAUCCCUAUACUCCAGUGGUUCUCAACCUGUGGGUCCCCAGAUGUUUUGGCCUUCAACUCCCAGAAAUCCUAACAACUGGUAAGCUGGCUGGGAUUUCUGAGAGUUGUAGGCCAAAACACCUGGGGACCCACAGGUUGAGAACCACUGCUAUACUCCAAGAACAGGAAUUAAUCUAAAAAACUACCUCACUGGGGAAACAUUGUGAGGUGUACCAAGUGUCCAAAAAGUGCUUUGAAAUCCUUAGACUUAGAAAAAUAAAGUAUUGCGAUUAAAUGACUUCACUCUGUUUGACAUGCUACCAUUUGUGAAAAAUGUCUCCCCAUCAUUACCGCCACAGCAGGGGAGGAUCAAGCAUGGAGCAGGGAUUCUACUCCAAUGCAGAGCAGUGUCAAUUUUUUUUUUUAAAAAGUGUUUUGGAGAUUAAGACAUUAUAAUUUUCUUUUUGCAAACUCCUUGUUUUCUUCCAAAGAUCCAGAUGUCUUGAAGUGAAACAGAAGAAUAAAAUACGGCAUCAUGUCUAACCUUUUGGUUAAGCUAAUGAUAGGUACUGACUUCCAGUUUAUUUAAGUGUUUCCUAUCUAUUGGAUGUACAGUUUGUAUAUUUUGUAAAACUCUUCUCCUUCCCCAAAGGAAACAAAAGGUAGAUGUCUAAAAUGGUUGUACAUCAGAUUUUUUUAUACUCCCAUUGUUUGAAACAAAAGUUGUGUUUUUUAUUUAGAAUAAUAAAAGAAAAACUUGAAGC